AUGCGCACAUCAGACAGGCCCCUCCUUUCCAUUUUCCGCCAAAUUUGUACUUUACCAUCGGCCAAUCUGAACAAGACAAUUAUGGGUUAUAUUCGUAACGGGAAUUUAAACAAUGCUCGCAAACUGUUCGAUCAAAAUCCCACAUCCCGGAAUGUCGUUUCCUGGAAUUCGCUCAUAUCAGGGUACCUUAGAAAUAGCCAAUUGGUACACGCUCAAGUCCUGUUUGAUCAAAUGCCCUAUAGGGACGUCGUUUCAUGGAACACCAUGCUAUCUGGUUUACACGACAACAAAAGCCCAGAAAAAGUCUUUCAGUGUUUUCUAGAGAUGAGUAGAGCUGGUCAAAGACCCAAUGAGUUCACUUUCUCAAUGGUGAUUACGGCGUUCUUGAACCCCUCGUUCAAUAUGUUAAUCCCACAGCUCCAUGGUCAUAUAAUUCGUCUAGCCCUUAAUCUCUGUGUGUUUGUAGGGUCUGCAUUGAUAAGGGGUUACAGUGAUUUGUGGGAUCGCAAAAGUUUUUGUCAGGUGUUUGAAGACAUCAUCAUAAAAGAUGUCACAUCAUGGAAUGCGUUGAUUUUGAGUUUCAUGGAUUUGGGGUUAGCAACUGAGGCUCAGAGGGCUUUCGACAUGAUUCCGGAGAAGAAUAUAGUUUCUUGGACUUCGCUGUUUAAUGGGUAUAUUAAGAAUAAGAAUCUUAAUGAAGCUGAGACUGUUUUCUAUAAGAUGAACACAAGAAAUGUGAUUUCAUGGACUGCAAUGAUAAAAGGGUACGUACAAUACGGCAAGUUUGUCGAUGCUUUGGAAUUGUUUGUCUUGAUGUUAAGUUCAGGUACGCGUCCUAAUCAUUUUACAUUGGCAAGUGUGUGCGAUGCUUGUGCGGGUUGUUCUUCUCUUUUCGUGGGCCAUCAAGUUCACUCUUGCCUUGUUAAGUCUGGUAUACCACUUGAUGUUAUCUUGUCAACCUCACUUGUUGAGAUGUAUGCGAAAUGUGGAGACAUAGAAGCGGCAUCCUCCAUUUUUCAGUCGAUGCAGCAGAAGAACUUGGUGUCAUGGAAUUCGAUUAUUGGCGGUUAUGCAAGGCAUGGGCUUGCAACAAAAGCAUUAAAUGGGUUUGAGACAAUGAUAAAGGGCGGUGUUAGACCUGAUCAAAUUACAUUCAUUAAUCUGUUGUCAGCCUGUGGACAUGGAGGAUUGGUUGAAGAAGGUGAAAGGCAUUUCAACUCUAUGGAGAUGACGUACUGUGUCCAACCAGAGAUGGAGCAUUAUGCUUGUAUGGUGGAUCUCUAUGGGAGGGCAGGUCUGCUAGAGAAAGCAGAAAAAUUGAUCAAAGGGAUGCCUUUAGAGCCUGAUGUAUUUGUCUGGGGUGCAUUGCUCGGAGCCUGUGGGUUGCAUUCAUGUCUUGAACUAGGUAGGUUUGCAGCAGAGGGAAUUUACAAAUUACAAAAAAAUCAUCCUGCUGUUUAUUUGAUGUUAUCGAAGAUACAUGGUGAAAAGGGAACCUGGAGCAGUGUUGUUGAGCUAACAAAGAUGAUGAAAGAAAGACGUGCUAAAAAACAAAAGGCACGUAGCUGGUGUGACUUGUGA